UUUAAAGAAGUGCUCUCAACCAAGCAGAAGUUGUUAGUACUAAUUGACCUGUAUACUUUAAGAUUUAUACCGAAACAGAAGCUGCUCAGCUGCAGGGUACUGAUACAGCAUAAUUAACAACCAGCCUCACAGAAGAAGUAGCUCAAGCAAAAUGGAGCCAGGGCUGUGUGUUGCAGAGCUGCUGGGACUGUUUCUCUGUGUGGGGGCUUGGGUUUGCACGCUGACCACCACUAUUUUACCCCAGUGGUUGACACUCUCCACGGAGCUGCUGCAGACAGAAAGCUACCAGCUCGGUCUAUGGCAGACCUGUGUUGUUCAAGAUUUGGGUGGAAUUGAAUGCAGACCUUAUGAUAGCAUGCUUGGCCUGCCUGGGGAUAUCAGGCUGGCUCGGAUCCUCAUGUGUGUGGCAGUGGCUACUGGGCUCCUGGGUCUACUGGUCCCCAUACCUGGGCUCACCUACGUGAACUGCUGCAAUGGCCGGGGUGGUGAGCGGACAAAGAGGGUCCUGAGAGUGUUGGGAGGUGCAUUCUCUUUUCUCGCUGGCAUCAUUUGUCUGGUGCCAGUGUCCUACAUGGCUCACCUGACGGUGCUCAAGUUCUGGGAUGACACGGUUCCUGAUAUUGUUCCCAGGUGGGAGUUUGGGGAAGCCCUGUUCUGUGGAUGGACUGCUGGAUUCCUCCACGUUGUCGGAGGGAUCGUCCUUGCUUCCUCUCACUUCUGCUAUGAAGAAGAAUCGGACAGUAAAGCUCCGACAAGUCUGGAAAUGCAGGCCUUGAACAACACAUCCCAGACCAGGAUGGCGUAUGUGUAACAGGCAAAAACUGGUUUACUGGUUCUUGAGAGGAGUUCAAGUAUGCCUCAAUACAAAACACAGCUCUUUCUUCUAAGAGUUCACUUGCUUGUCUUAAUAAAGCCCUGUAGUGUUAUCACUAUGACAACACCUGUAUUAUUAUCAAUAAAUACUUUUAGUUAUAUUUGAUGCCAAACUGAUUAAGGGAUAUAAGCAGCUUUAUUUGGGUUUUAAAAUUGGAAUCUGCAUGCAGGCUUGCUAUAUUUUCUUCUUUUUUUUACCUUGGAAACAUUACGAUUUUGUACAUUCAAUCUGGAUAAUGUGUUUAUUUAUAAUCACAACAGGAUUCCUUAUUUGUGUGCUGUUUUACAUGGAAAAUGUCAAAAUGAGACACAGAGCAAUGCAUUUCAUAAAUAGUCUAGCAAAGCUGAAUUGUUUAAAGCAAAUGCCUACUGGGAUUAUAUUUCAAUUAUAGCACUACUAUCCUAGGGUUGACUUCAAAGUACUAUCAAACAAAAGUGUGAUAAAGUUAAUUACAAUUACUGUGUGACAAAUUGUCAAAAAACAUCAAUAAUCUCUACCAAAGUGUUUGGUUAUUCAUCCGAUAUUAUUUUAAUGUCACUAAAAAGAUACCGGCCACAUAAUUAAAAUUGAAUUCCAACCUUGUGACGUUAAAUAGCAUUUAAUGAACACUUUUAACCAUAUUUAAUUCAUCUUGACAACGCAUCUCUUUUCAUCUGAUAAAAUUAGCCCUGUGUUGCACUGCACUUCCAUUAAUAUUUGCUAAUACUGAUCAGUAUUUAAGUCUAUUUUUAGGUAUAAGUAGGUUAUGUGUU